UUCUCGCUUCCGCCGCAAACACGAAAACAAUAACAAAGCGAUCUAAAGGUUGCGGAUGCCAAUUUUCUAAUCUGAAUUAUUUACAACUUGGACACCGUCUUUUGAUGAAAUAAUUUAGUCGAAGCCUGCGAGCAAGGCUAAACCGUCGAAAUCCGACUCUCAGACUGCACACAUUCCACAAUGACGGAUUAUGUGACGGACGUUGCCCACCACUACGGUGCCGACCCUGAGCUCACCAGCCGAAUCAUCAACCAAAUGAAGUCCAAAGGGUACUUUGACCAACUGAGGAAGGAAAUCCUAGCAGAUAUUGACACCAAGCCUGCUUACCAAAAUAUGAGGCAAAGAGUAGAAAAUGCUGUGAACAGAUACCUGAAAAACCAGAAGUGGAAUCCGGAUCUGGUCAAGAACAAGCUCAGAGACACCCUGAGGCGCCACUUGAUAGAUGGUCGCUUCAUACAUAUUGGUCCUGUAUUGAACCAAGUCUUGACGCCGGACGUCUGCUCAUUGAUAGCUCCUGAAGUUGACAAGGAAAUCUGUAAAGAGCUCGGAAUUCCUGAAGACGAAGAGACGGUGGAGUCGGAUUCUCCCAAUCAAAGGCGCAGGGAUGGAGAUUUUGGAGGCCAAGGCGGCAGUUUCAAUGGCUUCGGAGACAACCAGUCUCCCUAUGGAGGGGGAAGACACAACGGCAGGGCUUGGAGACAGGACAGUGACUAUUUUUAUCCUUACCGAGGUGGUUACAAUAGAUUCAGCAGAAGAGGCGGAUAUGAUUCUUCGUCUGACGAUGAGAACAGUGAUAGAAAAAAUGAAAAGCAACCGCCUCCGAAAACAGACCAGUUUGACGAUCUUGAUUUUGAAUAUUCAAAGGAAGAGGCUGUGGAACUUGAGAGGAAGGAGAACCCAAAAGAAGCGGCAAAGUGGGCUCUGCAGCAGUUGGCAAUGCAGAAAAUUAAGAUUGAAGAGGAACUGCGGAGGAUUGAGCGUGAGGAACAGAUGCAAGCUGAGCAAAGACGAUUGGAAGCGGAGGAGCAACUGAAGAUUGAGGCUGAGAAGCAAAAGGAAGCCGAAAUCUUAGAACAGCAAAGGGCGCAGCAGGCUGAAGUGGAGGCGGAAAAAGUCAAAGAGAUGGAAGUUGAGGCUCCUCAGAUUGUCGAAAUGGUCCAGGAAGAAGAACUGGAAGAGCCGAAAACUCCCGAAAUGUCUGAUGGAGAAGACUCGGAUGCGCCUGAAAUGCAAAUCGUCGAGGAGGACUCGCUCGACAAGAAAGAAAACUCCCAGGAAGCGACACCUGUCGCGGUUGCAGAAGAAAGUCAAAUUACCAGUCCUGUCGAGGACCUUCCCAAAGCCAUAGAAGAAGAAGUUGCUCCUGCCGAGGUGAAAAUUGAAGAAGUUCAAACAGCUGAAAAAGCUGUUGUUGAAAGUGAGACGAAAAAGCCAGAGACAGAAUCAAAACCGGAGCCUGAAAAAAUCCCUGACGUCAAGAAAGAAGAUUUCCCAGCACCUAAAAGGGAAUUAUUGAAAUCCAAAAGUGUUGAUGAAAGUCAGAGAGGGAAAGAUGAACGUAGAAAAGAAUACUCCAGCAGCAGCAGCAGUUCCAGAAGGCUUUCCUCUUCAAAAUCUUCUUCCUCACACAAAAGCUCCUCCUCCAGCAGCAAGACUGACUCUUCCAGGUCGAGUCAUUCCAAAAGUAGAGACGAAAGAAAAAGCAGCAGCAGUAGUAGUAGUCAUAGAUCUUCGUCAAAAAGAGACUCAGACAGGCACAGAAGCCGAAGUAGCAGCAGCAGUAAUCACAGAAAAGACUCUCGGCACGGACACAGUUCCAGAAGCAGCUCACACAGGAGAGGCGAGGACUCGAACAAUUUGUACUAUUUCACUGCAGAACAGUCCAUUGAUGCGGUCAAGAGUCGUAUCCAUUUGGACGAGGUCAUGAUUCGGUUGGAAGCUGAAAACUCUGGCUACGACUCUCUUCUUUCCGAGUCCGAGAGUGAAGAGGCCCCUCAAGAGGAUGGAUUUGAUAUUCUGAUUGAGAAUUCGGAAGCUCUGACAGUGGAAGAGGUCCUUGAUAUUGAAAUCAGUGGCGUCGAAAGAGACAUUAGUUCAGAUGUUCAAUUGAUGAAUGAAAUAAAUGACAACACCAUAAUGGCGUCUCCCAAAAUAAAAAUAAAUCUGAAAAGGGAUUUUCUCAGCAAUAGUUGGAACCACAAACAAGAAAUGGCAAACGACAAAGACGACUAUCUGGAGAAAGAAGUACAACACAACAAAGUUUUGACUGUUGUUGUAGAAAAAUGCUUCGAUCAGAGGAAUAACGUGGUAAAUGAUACAUCCAUGACCCCUCCUGAUCAUUCCGUGGCUCCGCCAAAACGCAAAAGGAUAGUUCGUAAGAUAGAGCAAAGGUAUAGUACAGAUGAUCUUUAUAAACCUAGAGCAACAUUUACAUCUUCUCGUCGUUCUAGGGAAUGAUUUCUUUUUGUAAGUUAAAUCACUUAUCUUUGUAUAUUAUUUAUAUAUUGAAUGGAUUUAUUAAAUCAUUCCUUUUCAAUCUGAAUGGGAUAGUUUGAGUAACAAAACAAACGUUGUUUUAUUUGCUUUUAUUAAUCCACGACGGUCCAAAUUGCAGAGAAUUGUACAUGUUCAUUUUGUUCCUAGCCCUGUUGAGUACAUAAAAGUGUGUUCUCUGUGUUAUUAUUGAAUAAAAGUGAGAUCAGAAGAGA